CUUCCCCCUGUUCCCGGUGUGACAGUGGCCGUGUGACACCCCCCCCCCCCCCCCCCACAACUUGCAGCAUUUGUUUGGAAGGAGGAGGGGGGAAUUGUAUUUUUUUUCAGACAUUAUCAUUCGGUUUGUGCCGAUUGUAAACCAUGAUGAAGACAGAGGCUUCAGGAGAGAGAUCGACCCUCCGCAGUGCCUCGCCGCACCGCAAUGCUUACCGGACCGAAUUCCAGGCUCUCAAAAGCACCUUCAGUAAAGGCGCCGGCAACGCGGGGGUGGCGGCGGCGGCGGCCCUCCCCGGAGGCGAUGGAAAGGCGAGGGAAGGCUCCGAGAACCCGCUGCAAGCCCGGGGAAGAAAAUAUGGCUCCAAUGUUAACCGGAUCAAGAACAUGUUGUUUAUGCAGAUGGGCAUGGGGCCUGGCGAGGACAACGGGGCUUCUGCCCGCAGCAAAGGGGCCCGAGGGACUUCAUCGUCCCCGCACCGGAGGGUGCGAGCCCGGGAUGUGGCGGAGGUUGCAGUCGGCCCCCGGGUCAAGCCGGCCGAUCGGACAAGUCGCAUCGACGCCAGUCGCGAUGGGCCAUCCACCUACUCCAAAUUUUCCGAGACCCGCAAACUGUUCGAGCAGAGCAGCCGCGAAUCGCUGGCCCUUUCUCACCAGUGCUCCCCCAAAAGGGAGCAGAAGGGCUCCCAGGAUCAACAGCUGGACGAGCUGCAGGCGAUCGAUGGGCCCCGCUCCCAUCGGGGUAGCACCGAGUCUCUGGACAGCACCAGCCCCAGGACAGAAUCCGUGUCUCCCACCGUCAGCCAGCUCAGCGCCGUCUUUGAAAGCACCGAGCAACAAAACCAGGUGGCGGGCGAAAGCGGGCUGCACGGUUCCUCGAAAAGCACUGAACGACUGAGCGAGGAGCAACCCCCAGACUCCAAAAUAUCUGUCACCCAAGGUCAAUACAAGAAUUAUUUUGUAAACCAGGAUACUGGAGGUUUAUCGAAGACACGUGAAAAGCAACCUAACAUUGCCAGCUAUGCGACAUUUCCAUCGGAGACGGUCAAAACAGACCUUCCUUGUAACCAGAACAGUGCAAUGGAUGAAAGGCAAGCUGAACCCGGAGCGCAUGUUGAUGUGGAUCAUCGUGAUAAUCGACAAGAACAAGGCUCCAUUGCACAGGAUUGUUAUAACUUAGGGAAACACGCAAACAUUGCUAUGGACGUGAAACAAAGCAGCGUUGCUUCUGAUUUUCCAAAUAGCGAUGCGGUUGCAGAUGGAUCAGGUAAGCGAGGUUCAAUAGCAAGCGAAAAUUCCUCAGAGGAGAGUACAACUGAACAUUCUGGGAUUGCAGUCACAAAUCGAUCAGUUGACAAAAACGACGGGUUGGAAUAUCCCAGAACCGAAUCUAAAAUUCAAACUCUGGAGGCUGAAGGCUGCAGUGUGGAGUCUGGAGAUGACGCUGGUUGGGAGCACACUUAUGAGGACUCAGAGGAGCAAGUGGAUAGCGAUGAAAACAAUUAUGAGCCAAAUGUGGAAUGUACAGAAGUAAAAGGAUUAUCCGAUGAAGAUAAUAUUCCAGCGAAAAGGAAAGUUAAGUUCAGCACAGCUCCUAUCAAGGUUUUCCACACAUACUCUAACGAAGACUAUGAUAGGAGAAAUGAUGACGUGGAUCCAGUUGCUGCAUCUGCUGAAUAUGAACUGGAAAAACGAGUAGAGAGGCUUGAUCUUUUUCCUGUUGAACUUGAAAAAGAUGAAGAUGGUCUCGGCAUCAGUAUUAUAGGAAUGGGAGUUGGAGCAGAUGCAGGAUUAGAAAAACUAGGAAUUUUUGUCAAGACCGUUACAGAGGGAGGAGCAGCUCAAAGAGAUAACAGGAUCCAGGUGAAUGAUCAGAUUGUAGAAGUGGAUGGAAUCAGUCUAGUGGGUGUUACUCAAAGUUUUGCUGCCACUGUUCUGAGAACAACUAAAGGCAGUGUUAGGUUCCUGAUUGGACGAGAGAAACCUGGCCAGAGCAGUGAAGUUGCUCAGCUGAUCAGCCAAACUCUGGAGCAAGAACGACAUCAACGAGAACUGCUGGAACAGCACUAUGCUCAAUAUGAUGCUGAUGAUGAUGAGACAGGGGAAUAUGCCACUGAUGAGGAGGAUGACGAAAUGGGCUCAGUUCUCACUGGUGGUGAAAUGGCGAUUGAAGUGUUUGACCUGCCUGAAACCGAUGAUAUGCUUUCUCCUACAGAGGUGGACGCCAACAAGAUUGCUCACAAAUUCAAAGAGUUACAGAUUAAGCAUUCUGUUACUGAAGCUGAAAUUCAGAAAUUGAAAACUAAGCUUCAGUUAGCAGAGAAUGAGAAGGUUCAAUGGGAAAUGGAGAAAACACAACUCCAGCAGAGCAUUGAAGAGAACAAAGAAAGAAUGUUGAAGUUGGAGAGCUACUGGAUUGAGGCACAGUCCCUGUGUCAUACAGUCAACGAACAUUUAAAAGAGACCCAAAGCCAAUACCAGGCCUUAGAAAAGAAAUAUAAUAAAGCCAAGAAACUAAUUAAAGAUUACCAGCAGAAGGAAAUAGAAUUUGUUAAGCAUCAAGAUGCUGAAAGAAAGAAAUUUGAAGAAGUUGAAAAACUACAUGCAGCAGAAGUUCAGAAACUUCAGAGUAGGAUUACAGAUCUGAAGGUUGAGCUUCAAAAAUUAACAAGAACAAAUGGGACUCAAAUGAACAACAACAAUAACAUCUUUGGAGUGGAGCAGGAAAAGAAAACAACACUCAUGGAUAUAAUGAGAGAACCUCCACUUAAAGCUGUUGAUAGCUUGACAAGAGUGCAGGAGCACAACCUUGAUGGUUCAACUGAAGAAGUUGUUGAAACUUCAACUAUGAAGUUAGGUGACCCAGAUGAGGUUUUUGAUUUUAAUGAAGCAGUACCUGAAACACAGGUAUUAGAUAGUAAAGUACUAAAAGCUCGAGCACAUCUUUCGGGGAAAUCAAAGCGACAGCGACCCUCGAGGUCCAGAAUGCAUGACAGUGUCAGUUCAACUGAUGGUGAUGAUAGUCUUGAGCGGAAGCCUUUCGAUAGUUAUGGAAGUCCCACACACAUUUCCAGAUCCUCCCUGCCAUCAUCCUUGAGGACUUGUUCACCAGCAUCCGAUUCUGGAGCCUCAUCAUUAUCUCCAAUAGCCAGCAAUGCAGUCUUUUCAUUUGAUACUGCAGUUGAAAAUCAAGCUCUGGGAGAACAUAACCAGCGAGUCUUGACAUCAUCAGAGCGACUUUCAGAAGAUUCUGUGGGAGGAACCACAACUUCAUUGUCAUCAAAUUCUUGUCACAAUGCUACAUUGUCUCUCUUGUAUCAUAUGGAUAAACAUGGCAAAAUGAGAAAAGCUGAAGAUGACAACAGAGGUAUUUCUUCAGCAAAAGUUAGUCCUCCUAUGAAUCAAAAAGAGAACACAAAACAAAGAUUUGUUGACUUUGGCGUUCAAUCACAAAAGAUAUGUAGUAAUGGGAAUAAACAAAAGGACAAGGAAAAGGAAUUCAAUAGACUUUCAUCAGGAAGCAGAAUGAAUACUUCAAAAAAGUUCUGGAUCUCGAAGGAUACCUUGGAUAGCUUGACAAGUACCAUUUCAGUAGGAGAAACAUCUUCCUCCGUCUCACCAUGUGUACUUUUAUCCUGGUUUGGAGAAAGUGCUGGAGGAUACCAUUCUUCCAGUAAUAUGCCAUCCCCGAGCAGUUCAACAGAACCAUCUUCUGAGAGCCUAAGCCCAGAAAAACAGAGAUAUAAGAGUUUCACCUACAUUGAUGACUUUAGUCCCAGUAGCACAAGUUCUGCUGAUUUGAGUGGAUUGGUUGCAGAACCAAAUUCUACAGGGCGCUCCCUAAUAUUGGCACACUCCUCUGAUGAGAGCCUGGAUAUGAUAGAUGAUAAGAUCCUCGAUGAAGGACAAUCACCAAAACACAAUCAGUGGAAGACUCGUGCUGUUUUGGAUUGGAGCACCCACCAGGUUUCUCAUUGGCUUAUGGGACUGAACAUGGAACAAUAUAUUCCACAAUUUACUGCCAAAGGCAUUGAUGGAGAACAGUUGCUGCAAUUGGAUGGAAGCAAACUUAAGGCAUUAGGUAUUGUAUCUCAAGAUAGGGCCAUAAUCAAAAAGAAGCUAAAGGACCUAAAGUCGUCAGUUGAAAAAGCCCGUAAAGCACAACAGAAGUUAGAGAAACAAAGGGAAAAACGGAGAAAAAAAGAACAGGAGCAGCUUCUAAAAAAGAAUAAGAAAAGCAAAUCUUCAUUUCCAGCAGCAGAACCUGAUACUGAAUAAGACUGGUAGAAAGUCUGGGUUAUUGACAAAGACUUAAAAGGGUUUUAGUCUUAGCCCAUUAUGCAGUAUCCUGUGUGGCAGAGCUGUUGACAUGUACAGAUUUUAAGAAAAAUGCACUUCAGAUCUCAAUUUUUCCACACUUCAGAGUUAGUGAUGUUUUGGUGGCGACGUAAAAUCACCAAAAAUCAGUGGCAUUUUUUGUACUACUGUUAAGUUUACCAUUCCACAACUGGCAACUAUGGAAGACUUUUGUGAUUCCCCUUGCUUUAGCAUUAAACUGAAUGAAGCCCAAAGGAAGGAUCUGCAGAUGUAUGACUGUCCAAACAGCUCGUCUGACAAGGUAUCAGCUAAAAAAGAGUUUGAAAGGAUCAUACAAAAUACAGCCAUCUUUCUGGAUUGGAAAUGAUUAGAUUUGGAAGUUAAGACCAUACAAAUAUAUCUAUUUUCAUGGAGUCUAUAAAAAAAAAUUGGGAUGUGGAUAAUUUUUGUCCCUUUUAAGUAUUUCUACAAGAAUAUUACUCAGUUUAAAUGAAAAUAAUGUUACUGUCAGUAUUUGUGUGCCUAUUUUUUAAGUCUUAAAAGACGAGAAGGAACUUGGUCCUUUCAUAAACUGCUGCCUUUUUCCAGAACCUUCACCUUGGAGUUUAGUUCCCAAAUUUCUGCAUUAUAUGAAAUUACUGUAAAUGCAAAUGAUUUUCAAAUCAAAAUAUUUUAGUUCUUGCAAAUGAAAUGUUUUAACUGUAGAGGGCCUAGAAUAAGCAAUUUCCGAGACCUGCAUCUUGCACUGAAAUUUAAUGGACUUAAACUCCUUAGCAGAAAGCUAUACCCACAGAAUACUUCUUGCGAUACCACUGUGUGAUGGACAAUAUAGCUGUGGAAUGGGUGAAUACCCAUCUUACUCCCAGUAAGAAAGCCUUUGCAAAGAUAUAAAGGAAAUUUUCACAAGUGGUAGAAUGUCUUUGUGCACUCCAUUGUUCUGCAUUGUAUUUAUAAGAUAAGUUUCAUUGAAAAUAGCUGAGGGUUUCAGUACUCCUUUUAAAGUCCCAUGUAGAUAACUGUUUAAGUUGUGAUAACAAAGAUUUUCCAAAGUAGCGAUGUACAUGUACAUAACUUCAAGGAAAUUAUAAAGAUGGGCCAAGAUAUAACCAUUUAUAAUGUUUCAAAAUUGAGUAUUAUCUGGCUGAGUAACAAAAUAUACAGACAUUUAAGUGAAAAGAGGGUGAUUAAUUAAAUAUGGCCAGGUUUUUUUUAAAAACUGAUCACUUUUGUUGGAGAAUUUCUACAGAGCAUCUUUUUUAUUCCACUUACAAAUUGCAUAAAUUUAAUGUUAUGUGCCAAUUCAGCAAAAUCAGUAGGAAAAUAAUAUAUUAAAGCUGUGGUCUCAUUGUAAAUUAAGGAAAUAUGAUCUAUAUUGAUCAACUUUUGUGAUAAAUUUGUAUUCAUGUGUCUCAUGAUUUGAAACCUGUUGCAUUUUACUGUUUCCAAAAUUCUCUUAUUUAGUUUUAUGUAAAGUGUUUGACUAAUUAUUUGAUUAUGAUUGAAUCAAUGCUCCAACUUCUUAAAACAUUAAAACAUUGUUAUUUUAUAUGUGAACAAUAUUACUUUUAGAACACCAAUAUGUUAUUUCAUAUGAUUUGGGAGCUCACUAGAAAAUUUUGUUUUGAUUAUUGCUAUUCUGGAGAGAUUUUUUAAAAGUCCCCAAUGCUUGAUCAAUGUAUCUAAAAAUGUAAUUUGUACAGACCCUUACAUGUUUUUGAAUCAAAACCAUUUCUUCAUUUUUUGGUAAGUACAUUUGUUCCCAUGUCUCUCAAUGCAAGUGGAUUCAUGAAUAAUUCAGCAACAAACAUCUGAAACUGUAUGGCCUAUUUUGUUUAUAAUUGUGAUGUCAUCAAUUAUAGCCAGUAGUUCACAUUUUAUUUAAAACAAUUAAAGACUGUAAUAGCAACAAAAGGUUGAAUAUAUUUUCAUGUAAAUUCUGAGUGAAACUUGUGGCAUUACGCACUUUCACCUUAAUUGUUUUAAGUUUCAUUUUACCACUUUGAAGGUAUUUUAGUGACUGAAAUUCUUCGUUCUAAUGCAAUCUUGCAUUAAAAUUAAGCAGCAGACAAGUGUGGGCAUUUAAUUAAACUAAUUUAGUGGAUUUGUUCAAGGCCAUUUCUCUGUUAUCAGAGAUUUGCAGUAAUUCUGUUUGCAGAUGAGUUGCUAAAGUUUAGUUUUUUGGAUAUGUGACCCUGAUAAGUUUUAUUGCUUUUGAUCCAAAGUGUAUCAGACUAAUUCAUCUGUUAAUCCAAAGAUUUAUUAAUAAAACUUAAUUAUUAAUGAAGAGGAUGAUAUGUACUAAACAUAAAACAGGUUUGCAGUUCAGUGCAGCCAGAUUAAAUGAGUUGAAUCUAAACACAAUUUGGUCUGCUGAUCUGCUCAGAAAAGUGCUAUGACAUUGCGCACUUGUAUUUUCUGCUUCUGUACUGCCUGUAUUUGUCCUUCUAUAUUUCUGUUCUCCAAUUAUUAUUUCUUCCAUUACAGUUUCCGUACAGUUUCCAACAAGGCAGGUACCCAUUGAUAAAUAUUGAAACCUGAAGAAGGAAUAGUAGUGUUAGAAGCAGCAGUUCAUGUAAUGAUCGUGCAACUAGCUAUCAAUACUUCAGCCAAAACGAUGUACAGUCUUUAAAGCAAUCACUCCCUUUGUCCAUGGGUUACUGAUCUGAGCAGAACAGUAAUAAUCAGAUUAACCUUAUUCUGAGGUAUUAACCUUCCUUUUCUAGUUGCAACAAUGAUUUUUUUUUUCCAUUUCACAAUCCCAUUUAUUGCAAUAGGAGUUUGUCAUGCUUCAAAAUUUGUCAAUGUACAUAAGUUUAAGUGUGCGAAAUCCUGCAAAUUAACAACUAAUAUUAGAUAAUUUGCCUGAAAUGUUUUUAAACAAGUGCCAUAGAGAUUACCUCUGUUGUAUGAAAAUCCUGCUGGUAAAUAUUCCAUGUUGACCACUAAAGUGAAAACUAUAAAAGGGCAGGUAACAAAUUGCUGAGGCUAUACUCAAUUUAGUAGUUAACUGAAUCAACUAGUCUGGUAUUCUUUUGGGACAUUUUCUGAUGUGGAAAACUAUUAUCCUAUUAAAUACUUUGAAGCUGAGGGGAAGUAAACUGAAAAUUAACUUUGUAUAAAAUAAAAAAAUAAAUAAAUAAAUCUAACAAGGUGGAGAUGAUGAUCCAUAAUAGGAAGGUACGAUGAAUUGCCUGCACAGAAUGAGGGAUUAUUUGGUAUUUAACAUAAACUGUAUUAAAGGAUGUUGUAUUGGUGAUUUUACCUUUUUCUGAAUUGUGUAACAGUUAAAUCAUUUUGAAACAAUACAGUUAGUUACAUGUAGCUCAAGAAUGACUGGGCAGCUAAAGAAGAAAUGCACUGAGGAUAUUGAAAUUGUUUUAAAAUGCUUGGGUGUAAUUUCUAUUUGGAUUACCUAAGUAUCACAAGAUGGAGGAAAUUACUUUGAGUAAAAUAUGUACAAAAAGCAUGGCUUGAUGUCUGAUAUGAACACCUAUUCACAAUGCUCCUCUGACUGCAUGAUAAUGAAAUCUUAGUGCCAUGCCUGAACCUAGUCGUCUAUGCUUCGUGAUGUACUGUAUUCCUACCUAGUGUUUACAAAAUUACAUUCCUCAAUGUUUUAUUUCAAUGUUCAUGACUGAUGGGAGCUCUAUAAUGCCUAGUUUGUCCUUCUCUCCUCAAUUUAAAAUGACUGUGAUGAGCUAAUAUUAGUUGAUGUAUAUAAAGAAUUUGCCAGUUGCCAAACCGUAGCAUUGUUGUCUGACAACAAAUGCAUUAAAAGUAACAAGAAUUGAAAAGUC